UUAUAGGCGAUGAUGACCAAACUUUUAUGAGCAGAUCUUUGCAGAUUGUUACAGGUCAUCUAUCCGUGCAUUAACAGAUGCUAGAACCAACCUGUGAAAGGAAAUAACACUCAAAGGAGCGAUCGAGGCAGGAAAGCAGAUGCAAAAUGGCGCUUAGCGAUCCCGGAAAGGCCAUGAGAGAUAACUAUCGUCUGUUAAGAGGGCAAAUCAUCUAUCGCCAGGUUAACUCCUGAUUUUCAGGGGGAAACAAACAGACACACAAAAGAGUACGGCUGGAAAAUAUACCGAAGGUCAGGUGUUUCACUCAUUGAUUCAUUUGGACUGGACAAGCUUCAGCUAUACAGGUCGGGUAUAAUCAUUUCGAAAUCAUCCACACUUCUCUGAUUUCGGCGAGUUGAAUCAGAGCACUAAUUAUCCUUUUCGAUCCUAACGAUCCAUCAUGAUUCCCGAAGAUCAUCAGUCGUUACCCUCUCGUUCCCCUUCUCUCUCUCCUGAGCUUAAACCUCUCAUUUCUCUAUCUCCUGAGCCCGAGCCACUCUCUCCUCCUCUCCGAACAGUUACUCCCUCUCAAGCUCAACAAUCAAUCAAAACUGUUGCUAUGCACAGAAAGAAUGCCUCCAUAAAUCAAGGUUCUCGAUUCCCUUCCCGUACCGACCAAAACGAUCGGCAAUGUACAAAUUGCGGUGAGACAGAUACGCCUCAAUGGAGAGGAACACUGUGUAAUGCAUGUGCGCUCUGGAAAAGAAGUAGAGGCACUGAUAGACCUUUACCAUUAUUGUUCCCCAUCAGAAAACGAAGUAUCAGUUGCUGUGAUGACGAGGAAGGUGAAAGAGAGAGAGGCCCUGAGAUCUUGGAGAGUUGGAAGCCGAUGAAUCACGUUACUGGUCACAGGGGAACCUUACCAAUUCAACCUCGUCCCGUAACCACUAAUGGACGGCCGAGGCCUGGAUAUGCCCUAGCGCGUCCAACCGCCUAUUAUCCUUCUAAAGUCGAUGCCCAAAUUGUUCAUCUUCCAUCUUCGACAGAGCAGGGUAUGCCUAGCAGAAUUGCCUCCAAGACGCAAACGCAUCCAUACACAAGAGGGCGACAAUUAGGCAGGAACAUUGAGCGCGGGAGACCUGAAGUUGGAGAAGCAGAGGUGCCUUUCCCGAAAUUUACCAAGUUUCCUUCUUCCUUCCAAGCGGAGCCAAGAAUGAUCAAUUUUGAAAGGGGACAUCCAACCCUCAGAUAUAACAAAUAUGCCAUGAGCAGAGAAGAAUUCAUGCGCGGUGCAGAAUGGCUGUUCGACGUGUUGCAGCAGACGUCUAAACUUUUGGAGGAUAUGGACAACGCUGAGGAGAGAGCGCCAUGAUGUUGGUCCUAGACUGAAAAAAAUGGGUUGGAUUGUGAUCGUGAUUAUUAUGCACAGAACAGUGAUUGAAAUGAGAAAUGGACCACAGCGCCCCAUGCUUGCGAGUGAGAAGUGGGAGGCAUUGGCGGUACACAACAAUCAAGCCUCGACAGCGCUUGGCUGUCGGUUCACCAAUAAUCAGACAAGUAGGACAAAUCAAGUAUGGUUUCAUAGCGUUUCACUGAUUGCACGCGUCACGUAAAUCCCAAGAUGCAUUAUAUAUGAGCUAAUCUAGCAAUGUCUGUCGUCUACCAUCCCUUCACUGCUCCCUGACUUUUCACCUUUCGAGCCCUUGUCCCUGCAAACCUGCCCCUCAAC